UUCUUGCUUGAAGAUGAUAGCGAAAACUGCUGGGCAGUAGGUAUGGACCAGAUAAACAUUGAGGAUCAAAGUUUGAUUCUGUCAGUACUAUCAGACGCACAAGGUAAUACGGUCAGAGUGGAUGUUGGUCGAAGCCAGCAUGACUCAAGCAGGUCGUUACAAAAUGAUUCGUCAUUAGAGGUGUCGGACAAAGAAUUAAGAGGCCCACGAGCAGCAAAUGUAAUAAUGGAGGUCUCAAAGACAAAUAGUCCAGUUGCAUCAAUUUCUCAACAGAAGGACASAGGAGAUAGUACAACGAAGGCAUUAGUAAACACGGCUGCUCCUUCCACAGAACCCCGAGAGUACUUCAAAUGUGGUUGACAAUAUAGAGGUCAAUGUUAUGAAGAACCUAAUUAAUACCCAGAGGKAGACCAUUGCAACCCUUCGAGAGAAAAUCGAGAGGCAAGACAAGGUAUUCAAAGAGCUUACUGACAAACACAGGAAGGAACACGAUGCUCACAAUAGUCAAGUAGAAGGUUUGAAAAUUCGGUUUGCCGAAAGUCAGAAAAAGGCUGAAGAAUUUGAACUAAAGUAUCUACGGUCUCAGAAGCAAAUAGCCGAAAUAAAGGAAGCUCUAAAUAAACGCACUGUCGUUACAGUUGAAGAGCCUGCUUCGGAGUCAUACGAUGCAGUCUCGACAGCUCAACAGCUUUCUGUUGGAAGUAGCAGUACAGCUACUCGAGAUAAUGGUCGUGAUAGGGGGUCUGAUGUUCCGGUGAGUAUUGUUCGAACUCACGGAAAACCAGUGAAAAUAAACGAAGUUAACCUUGGUACAGCGAUUAGAAAUGAGAUUUUGAAAGUACYUAAUAGUGAAGURAUAGAUAGUUUAACUUUGCAAAGGUCCGGUCCGAACUCAGGUUUAGAAUCGAGUAAUUUUUGAGUAAUGAAUCACACUCUGGUGAAACAAUGAAUCCUAGUAGUCAAAACACUGCUCAGACUGGAUGUCAUGACAAUAAUAGUCGGAAUUCAGCCCCAGAUAAUCAGUCUUCAAAUGUUCAAUCCUGAUCAUAGCAUACCCC